AUGUCAACAGACGACGGCGCAAAGCGUGCGCGGGACCUCAAUGACGCCCUGCUCGGGGUACCCGGGUAUGCCGACGACACAAUGUUCUUUGUGGCCCGUUAUGGUCACAAAUGCCAGUCUACACUCCGCAAAGACGAUUUCGAUACCGUAAUUCAGACUACGCAUGAUCUGUCGGUAGCCAUGUCCAAGCCAAAUAGUCAGACGCGUGUUUCUGAGCUUCGCGCCCAGGUCAUGGAGAUUUUGAAGCCGUUUCCCGAGUUGGUACAAGAUUAUGACAGAUUUGCCGCGAGCGCGAGAUCAACUGCCGCUUCUUUGGGAGUCCGAAGGAAAUAA